CAACCCACUAAAAUACCCAUAAAAAGAAGGAAGAAGAUGACAGGUUCUAGUUCACCUUGUGGUGCCUGCAAGUUCUUGAGGAGAAAAUGCGUCAGGGGCUGUGUUUUUGCACCUUAUUUCUGCCAUGAACAAGGUGCUACACAUUUUGCUGCCAUACACAAGGUGUUUGGUGCAAGCAACGUUUCAAAGCUGCUUGCUCAACUCCCUCUAAAUGACCGCUUUGAAGCUGCUCUAACCAUUUCAUAUGAAGCUCAAGCUAGGGUUCAAGACCCUAUUUAUGGCUGCGUUUCCCAUAUCUUUGCUCUCCAACAACAGGUUUUCAAUCUACAGGCACAGCUUGCUUCUCUCAAAGAAUUACAAGCAGCUCAGAGCUCUGUUACUGAAAACCCUAAUGACCGAUACCAUGGGAAACUUCAUAAUCUUCAGGAUUUCCAAAGUUGGUUUCAGACGGAUAGUACACCGAAUUUUGAUCCGAAUUCAUACGGGUUGGUGUUGGAUCCGACUAGCUCUUUGAGGAACUUCGAAAAUUCAGGCAGCUCUUCGGGAUCCGAGGAUUGUGUCUCGUUUACUACAACUUUUGGCAUGCAGACAAGCAACAGACAAUGGAAUAAUUGCCAGGAUGUUGCUGUUGAUGACCUUCAAGCAAUGGCCUUUGGCUAUGCUCAACAUUCAUGA